AUGGCUGCACGGACAGCUUUGAUGACCACCACUGCUUUGCAAGGUGUCGGUGUUGCAGCGGCAGCGGCUUACCUCGACGCCAAAUUCCACUUCAAAAAGGAUAUCACGUCGCUAUACAGAUUGAAAAAGACCGAAAAGGAUGUUAUAAAAACAGUCGCAUCAGGACGCGUCUCACUAUGGUAUCGAUUCGAGGAUGAGGCACGGCGGUUGAAGGAUGCCCCAGAUCUUUGCCUCUGGUCCCGUGAAGGUUGUUACACCUGGAACGAGACAUACCAAAAUUCAUGUCGCUAUGCCCAAUUCUUCAUUUCACUGGGUAUCAAACCCACCCAGCUGGUCGCCUUCUACCUGACCAACUCCCCCGAGUUCAUGUUUGCAACCAUGGGAUCGUGGGCGGUUGGUUCCGCCCCAGCAUACAUCAAUUACAACUUGGCGGGCGAGGCUCUGUUGCAUUGUCUGCGAGUCUCAAAAACCAAAGUGCUGCUGGUCGAUUGGGAUGAUGAAUGCCGAUCGAGGAUCGAAGGGACCCGGAGUGAAAUCGAGGCAGAAGGGAUCAAGAUCUACAUUCUCGAUGAACCCUUGAAGCAUCAAAUUGACGCCCUCUCACCAAUCCGGCCUGCAGACGAACUGAGAGACGUCUUGCCGCCCACAUUCCCGAUGUGUUUGCUUUACACCAGUGGAUCAACCGGUCUCCCAAAAGCCGCGGCAUUCUCGCUUGCUCGCGGUUUGGGUCUCGGCGGUCCCCGAGCUCGAAACCAGGGACUCACCCCCGCCCCAAAUGGAGACAGUUGGUAUAACUGCAUGCCGAUGUACCAUGGUACGGGCAAUGCCAUUGCUGUGAUGAGCAUGACCAGUGGGCUAGGCUUGGCGAUCGGAAAGCGAUUCUCCUCACGAGGGUUCUGGAACGACGUCCGUGACUCCGGCGCAACAGCCUUCGUCUAUGUGGGAGAGACGGCACGAUACUUGCUUGCGCAAGAGGAGAGUCCCCUUGACAAAGAACACAAGAUACGAUUGAUGUUCGGAAAUGGGCUGCGACCGGACGUCUGGGUGAGAUUCCAAGAGAGAUUUGGCAUCCCACAAGUUACGGAAUUCUUCAACAGCACUGAAGGCGUUUUUGGUUUGAUCAACGUCUGCCAAGGCCCCUAUCUUGCAACUGCUGUUGGUCAUCAUGGACUGAUCCUCCGGGCAUUGAUGCAUCGAACGUACGUUCCAGUGAAAGCUGAUCACGAAACUGGCGACAUCGAGCGGAAUCCAAAGACUGGAUUUGCCACACGCAUGCCGUACGACCAAGGUGGAGAGAUGCUUGUCAAGAUACCAAAUGAGGAGACUUUUAUUGGUUAUUGGGGAAACUCCAAAGCAACCCAGAAGAAAUUCGAAAGAGAUCUCUUUGUGAAGGGCGACCUGUACUACCGAACCGGAGACGCUCUUCGACGAACAACUGAUGGCAGAUGGUUUUUCAUGGACCGACUUGGAGAUACAUUCCGCUGGAAGAGCGAAAAUGUCUCUACAGCAGAGGUCGCCGAAGUCAUUGGCAAAUUCCCCGGAAUUGUUGAAGCGAAUGUCUAUGGUGUUCUCGUCUCAGGUCAUGAUGGUCGUGCUGGCUGCGCCACUGUGUAUAUCCCAUCUAUCGCCCCCCCAACGACAUAUUCAAUCCAGACCAACAAGUUCCCAUUCGCAAAAUUCCUUGCACACCUUCAAGCAAGUCUUCCGAAAUACGCAGUGCCAGUCUUCCUUCGACUUCUUCCAGCCGCGACUCCCAUGCACAACAACAAGCUGAACAAGGUGCCCUACCGGACAGAGGGCAUUGAUCUUGCCUCAAUCUAUGGUGCCAAGGCGGAUGGCACCCCAGAGCACACAGAAGGCAGGGACUUGAUGAUGUGGUGGCCAGGAUCACUGGGUAUGCCUGUGGAGAAAGGUAUGGAUGGUGAACAAUACAUUGAAUUCAAAUUGGAAGAUUUGAACGCAAUUGAGGCGAAGGCCAAAAAACCUUCAAAGCUUUAAAUAAAUAGAUCUCUAGAUAUCUACUAAUUGCCAACCCU